AUGAAGGUACAAUUAAAUGAAAUCUCGGAAACCGUUGGACAUUUGAAUUUAGCACUAACUCACAAUAAUCUAGCUCAGAUUGGUCCAGCAACUAAAGGCAGCAACUGUGAAGGCAUGCUCAUCGUCCCACUUUCGUACAAAAAACAUAAAAUACCUUUUACAAUUUCAACUGGAAAUGUUGCUCCAAGAAGUACUGUAUUGGCUUGUUGUAGUGCCGACAACAUGGGUCGUUUUCGUAUGCUCGAAGCUGAUGAUUCGCUGUGA